AUGAGAAAACCAACGUUGACGUCGGUUAAUGAACGAAAUUUUCAGUUGAAAGUUGAGCCGAAUAAAAAGAAAUUGUUUGUUGAGUUGGUGUUUUGUGGUGACGUAUUGGGCGAGAUAACGACCGGAUUGAAAAUAAGGAAUCACAGCGAAUCGCGACAAGCAUUCAAAGUGAAGUGCACCCGAAAUGAUCUAUUCACGAUACGACCAACCAUCGGUAUACUCGACUAUCGUGAAACAGUUUACAUUAAAAUUACAUACAGGUGUCUGAACAACCAAUAUCCUGAAUCAAAUCGUCAUCAUUUUGGUAUAUAUCAUAUUCCUGCGCCGGAAGGUUGCACAGCAGCAGGCGCUUGGGCAGAACAUUAUGGACCGCCACAAGGAGAAUUUCGUUUGAAGGUGUUCAUUUUAAGUCCUUUGAUCGCAGCCACUCAUCACUCGCAUUGA